UUUUUUUAGAUCUAAUCAAUUUGUUAGCAAGAUUUAAAAAAAUACUAAAAUGGAUGUUUAUGAAAAUCUUAAACUCGAUGAAGCUGAAAUUAAUGAACUUGCAGACACAGCUAAAGAUUGGGUUACUCUUCAUGGAAUGAUCAUGCGAAAUAAUAAUGACAGAAAAUUGCUUAACUAUGCCCCGUUUAUGUUGUUUCCUUCACCAUUUCCUCGGUAUCUUUAUGAAGAAGCUUUUUCUGUACAAGCUGAUCUGCAAGAGUUGGUUUACAAAGCAAGUUGUGAUCAUGAAUUUAUUUAUAAUGCUUUAAAAAGUGUCAUUGUGCAUGAUGAAUUUACCAGGAAACAGUUUGAAAUCUAUGAUCAAGUCAGAAAAGAAGGAAUUAAACAGAAAUAUGUCUUCAAUAUAACUCGGUCUGACUAUAUGAUAAAUGAGCUAAAGAACCCUGAAGAAAAUGAGCGUCUUUAUAAUAUAAAACAGAUUGAGAUGAACAUGAUUGCUGCUUCGUUUGGUGGUCUUGGUUCUUUUGUAGAAAAAUUACACAGGUAUAUGUGUGAUGUUAUGGGUGAGAGUGCUCCAUUCAAAAAAGAUCAGGUUGCAACCAAUUCUGCUAUAAUAAAUCUUGGAAAAGGAAUGGCAAAGCUAUGGAAGAUCUAUGACAAAGAAGACUCAGUUGUGAUUUUUGUUGUUCAAAAUGGCGAAAGAAAUCGAUUUGAUCAAAGACUUUUAGAGUACAAUUUUCAAGAAAGUGUGCAGCAGCUAGGAGCCAAGAAACAUGUUCCUGUGCUAUUUCGAUCUCUGGAGCAAAUACACAAAUACGGAAAAAUAAAUGAUGACAGGACUUGCUUUGUUGAAGGUCAGGAAGUUGCAUUGUUUUACUUUCGUGCUACGUAUACACCAAAUGACUACACAAGUCCAGAAUGUUGGGAAGCUCGUCUAAUGAUUGAGAGAUCAACAGCAGCUAAAUGUCCAUCAAUGGCUGAAAAUCUUAUUGGAACAAAAAAAGUGCAACAAGUUUUUGCCGAACCCGGUAUAGUUGAAAGAUUUGUCAACAAUCCUGAAGUAGUUAAGAAAAUCAGAAAAACCUUUGCUGGUUUAUAUUCUCUAGAUGAGACUUCUGAAGGCGAUGCUGCAGCAGAAAUGGCUCUUGGUAACCCAUCACACUAUGUUUUAAAACCUCAAAGAGAAGGAGGAGGGAACAAUAUGUAUGAUUCCGAUAUGGUUGAUGAGUUAAAAAGAGUAACAGCUACUGAAAGAAGUCAAUAUAUUCUUAUGGAGCGUAUUCAACCUCCUUCAGUAAAAAAUUAUAUGGUACACGUAAACUUUGAUCGGGCGCAGUUAACAGACACAGUAACUGAACUUGGCAUUUUUGGAGUGCUUAUUGCAGUUGACGGCGUGAUUGUGCAUAAUGAACCAGCUGGCCACUUAAUGCGAACAAAAAGCAAAGAUCAAAAAGACGGAGGAGUUGCUGCCGGAGUCGCUGUUCUCGACACACCAUAUUUAAUAUAAAUUUUAUCUUAUUUCAAAAAAAUAUUUAUUUUGUAGAAUUAAAACUCUAAAAUUA